CCGCUUUGCGCGUUCCCAUCCUAAACAGUUUAUGGCUUUAAGUCAGUUUCAAUUCGAACGCGCUCGCUUUCACAACGGCGUUCAAAUGCGCUGCAUAAAUGUUGUGUACGCAUUGCGGCUAAACGAACCGCAAUAACAAAAUAAAAUAAAUAAAAAAUAUCCAACGAAAUGUGCAAACGUAAUGGGAAUGUGCAGUGCAAAUAAAUGAAAAAGAAGAAAAAAUCGAUUAGCCAAAAAGCCUCUCAUAUCUGCGACAUAACGACGUUUUUCGAUUGUUGCUACUUUUGUGUUGCUCGAAAUGUGAAAAUUCCACGUUAUCAAAGUGAUCGUUGUGGCAAUUUUGUUUUUGUAUAUUUUUUGUGCUUCAUUUAAUUUCGGUUGCUCUGUUACCACGUUGACAGCGGCCAUAUCGCUCGCUGAUAAACGAAACAGCGACGACUAAACGACUGCCAACCGUACAGACAAAUUAAAAAAAAAAUAGAAAUGAUUAAAAAUUAUUAUUUUGCUUUUACGAAAAAGUCGUAAUUUUCUUUAUUGCACUAAAAAGGAAGAUAAUAAUAUUAUGUGAGUGAAGUUAGGUGUAAGGUGUGGAAAAUUGAAUGCUGCAGUAAAGUGCCGAAGAAGUUUGAAAAAUGACGUGAAUUACAAAAAAUAAAAAUUAAACAAAAAUGCACGCACGUCGUAAAAAAACUAAAAUAAAAUAAAAUUCUUAAUCAUGUGAGUGUGUGCGUUUGUAAAAAAUAGCGAAAUAGCUAAACUAUUACCAAAGAGUUAAGCACCAAAUUCCCUGCCAAAAACAAAAAAAAAAAGCAGCAACGACGACUACAAAAAUCUGUAUGAUAAAAUUUUUCAACAAGCAGUGUGCAUUUCAUUACACAAAACUCCCGCAAGGCAACGAAACAAGAAAAGCAAAUCGCCAGCAAUGUUCGACGUACCACCUAAAUGUCCCGCUUUGGCCAACAAACUGACUGGCAUUUUCGGUUGGCGUCAUACAUAUAAAGUGGCAGCCAAGCACGAAGGCAUACAACAUACAUUCCUGCAGAAAUCCUAUUCAUUAACGUUGCCAAAACGGCCGUCGUCACCCUAUCGUGGGCAAAAGGAGCCUGAUUCUUGGGUUGCCGUACACCAUCUACAAACACAGUCGGGCAUCCUAGACCCGGACGAUUGUGUCGGUGAUGUAGCCGAUGAUCGUGAACAGAUACUUGCCAGUUACGAUGAUUCCGGUCCCGAUCCGGGCGUACCGCAGGGCGGUGGAGAUGGCGCUUCUGGCAGCUCUUCUGUAGGCACUGGCUCUCCAGACAUCUUCCGCGAUCCAACCAAUACAGAUGCGCCAACAAAUGGGCAACGCGGUGAUGUGUCCACGCCACACAUUGAAGUCACCAGCACCACCGCCUGUCCCGUGACCGGUCUCGGACUACAAGUGCGUCGCAGCAGUGAUCCAAAUUUGUUGGCUUCACUGAAGGCGGAAGGUGGUAAUAAACGAUGGUCAGCGGCAGCACCACAUUGUGGCGGAGACUCACCCGAUCGUGUGCUGCUCGAUAAGAGCGGCUACCUAGCACCGCAAUGGGAGGAAGAAGAUGAUGGUCAGCAGCAUUCGGCAAACGCACCGUCGCAGCAACCGUUCGCACGCUCUGGCCGCUUGUCUAUGCAAUUUCUAGGUGACGGUACCGGUUACAAGUGGAUAGAGGCCGCUGAGAAGUUGCAACAUCAGCAGCACCAUCACCAGCAACAACAACAGCAUUCGCAGCAACAGUCGCCUCAUCAGUAUGCACCGCAAGGACAAAUGUAUACAACCAAGUCUUUGCCGCGUGAAAGCAAGCGCAAAGAGCCGCUCGGCCAGGCCUAUGAAUCGAUACGCGAGAAAGAUGGCGAAAUGUUGCUCAUCAUCAAUGAGUACGGCAGCCCGCUUGGACUGACGGCUAUACCGGACAACGAGCAUGGCGGCGGUUUGUUGGUGCAACACGUAGAACCGGGUAGUCGCGCUGAGCGCGGACGCUUACGGCGAGGCGAUCGCAUAUUGGAGAUCAAUGGCACCAAAUUGAUUGGACUGACCGAAGGUAAGGUGCAGGAAUAUUUGCGACGCUCAUUAGAGGCGUCAGAGCUGCGUAUACGCGUGUUGCGUGCCGGUGGAGUCAGCGGUGGCAGUGCUAAUCCACGAAAUGGCAGCAAAUCGCGUCGUCGCGACUCCAAAGUGGCAGAAAUGAUUGAGGCAGAGGAGAAGUUGGCGUCGUCGGUGGAGACCAAGGUGGCGACGGUAUCGCCAACACGAAAGCCGAACACAGCGCCGGUGGGUACAUCACUGCAAGUGGCGAAUACGCGCAAACUUGGGCGUAAGAUUGAAAUCGUGCUGAAGAAGGGUCCAAAUGGACUGGGAUUUUCCGUGACGACGCGCGACAAUCCAGCCGGUGGCCACUGCCCGAUUUAUAUUAAGAAUAUAUUGCCGCGUGGUGCUGCCAUUGAAGAUGGACGCUUGAAGCCGGGCGAUCGCUUGCUGGAGGUGGACGGUGUGCCGAUGACUGGAAAAACACAAACAGAUGUGGUGUCCAUAUUGCGCGCGACACAACCCGGCGCUACAGUACGAUUGGUGGUGUCGCGGCAGCAAGAGUUGGCCGAGCUGGAUGAGAGAGAAAUUAACUAUGAGGAAAAAGAGCGCGAUUUGAAUACACCACCAAAGCCACCGGCUCCAGUGCUUCCCUCUUCCCUUCAAAAGCAACACCAGCAAGAUAAGCUGCCGAAUGGCGUUCUAAAGUCUAACAGCGCACGCUCGCUGUUUGAGCAACACCAACAACAACAGCAAUACCAGCUUAACGAAUCUCAGCACUUCAUAGAUGCCGGCAGUGAGUCAGCAGCCUCAAGCGAUAGCCUACAGGCAGGCAUAGCUUGGCGUUCACGUGAGGUGCUCACACUACAUAUACCCGUCCACGAUACAGAAAAAGCUGGUCUUGGUGUCAGCGUCAAAGGGAAAACCAGUUCGAAUUCCAGCAGCAGCAGUGGCUCAAUGAAACACGACGGUGAUUUGGGCAUUUUUGUAAAGAAUGUCAUACAUGGCGGUGCAGCAUCACGAGAUGGUCGGCUGCGCAUGAAUGAUCAGCUGUUGAGUGUCAAUGGUGUAUCAUUGUUGGGUCAAAACAAUGCCGAGGCAAUGGAAACAUUGCGUCGAGCUAUGGUCAACAAUCCUGGUAAGCACCCAGGCAUGAUAACAUUAUCGGUGGCGCGUAAAAUCGCGCGUUCUGCCAGUUCUGGUGACAUACUCGAGCAGACAAACAGCAGCUCAAACACGAGUGAUAAUUCCGGUGCCACAGUGAUCUAUCUGAGUCCCGAGAAGAAGGAGGCACGUAGUGGUGGUAGCGCAGCAAAUGAAAUGAACAGAUGGAGCAAUCCCGUAUUAGAUCGUCUAACCGGUGGAGUUUGCUCCUCGAAUUCAUCACAACAGGCGCGUCGACCGUCACGCGAUCACUUGAACGCUGGUAGUGGGGGUGGAGGUAGUGGACCCGGUAGCGUUGGCGUGCAUGGCUUGCGCAAUGAAAGCUACUACAUGGCAACGAAUGAAACGUGGUCGCCAGCCUUGCAUCAGCAACAAAUGGUGAAUGGCCAUGUCAACAGCAACAAUACAGUUUUAAUCGAAGAUGAUCCAGAGCCAAUGUCACCUACCCUCCCCCACCGUCCCAAUGAUUCAGUGUGCACACAGAAUAGCAGCAGCGCUCAGAACACUUCUACAGCGCCACCCGGUGCUCCGGUAAAUUUCGAUUCCACUUACUCCUCACAGCUAAGUCUCGAAACGAAUAACUCCGGCGUUGAACACUUCUCGCGCGAUGCGCUCGGUCGCCGUUCGAUUUCGGAAAAACACCACGCCGCGCUGGAUGCACGUGAAACGGGUACCUAUCAACGUAACAAGAAGUUGCGCGAAGAACGCGAACGUGAACGACGCAUACAACUGACCAAAUCUGCCAUCUAUGGUGGUUCGAUGGAGUCGUUGACGGCGCGUAUCGCCAACGCCAAUGCCCAAAUACCCGGUUAUAAGCACACGAAGGCCGCUUCUGGUGUCGAGACACAACAAAUGCAGGCGGAAGCGCGCGAUCAAGUCGGCGAUUUGGGGCCCUCGUUGGGCUUGAAGAAAUCUUCAUCGUUGGAGUCUCUGCAAACUAUGGUGCAAGAGAUACAAAUGUCGGAUGAGCCACGCGGACCGACGGCGUUGCGUGCGCCGCGUGGACGCGGACGUGAGGAUAGUCUGCGUGCCGCUGUUGUUGCAGAUCCAGAAGCUGGCAAACCGCGCAAGCACUGGCUGCUCGAGGAGGGUACCGAUCAGGAUGGCGGUUUCGCACACCGCAACGGUCCCUUUCAGAGUUCGUUGAACGAUGGCAAACAUAAAUCGCGCGCCAAGAAACCGAGCAUAUUGCGCGGCAUUGGACAUAUGUUUCGCUUCGGUAAGAAUCGCAAAGAUGGCGUUGUACCGGUAGAAUCACAGACACCUUCAGUGGCUGAGCGCCCGCCAGCCAGUUUACCCACUAAUCAGUUGCCAACAGCAGCAUUGGCAGCGCUCGAUCGGAAUACGAAGCUGUUGCCCCCGGCCUACCAACCGCCGCCACCCUUACCGCCUGCAAACGCUGCCGGGCCAGGUGGCAGCGGCGCAAAUGGUGGCAGUGGGAGUGGCAGUGCCGGUGGCGUAGGCGGCGUGGGUAAUAUGUCAUCGAACUCAUCGAAUGGUAUACACCACAAUGAUAUUUUCAAUCAUCGCUAUCAGCACUAUGCCAAUUACGACGAACUGCAUCAGCAACAAAUUAGCGAAAGCGAAAACAACGCAGCUAAUCAUAAUCAGAAUAGUUCAGAUGUUUUAUCGGAAUCGACAUUAGAAUGCAUGCGGCAACAAGUUCUCAGGCAGCGCAUUAAAGUCGAAGCGGAAAGCUUUUCCCCUAGAUAUGUGCGUUUGAAAUCGGAAGAUUGGAUUUGCUUUGAACUAAAUCGCCGUCAUCAACAUUAUCAUUCGCAACGCAGUGCACGCUCACAGGACAUCAAUCUGCAGCAUCAUCACGCUGCCAUGUUAAGCAACAACGGCGGCGUCGGCGGUGUUGAUAAAAGUGGCAUAUUGCGACCCACUUCCACCUACUAUGAAUACGAGACGGUGCAGCAUAAUGUCAGUCCGGCAGCGGUGGCCGCGCAACAUCAUCAAUUGCGCAACGGCAGCCUCAAACAGAAUGGCCAUCACUCGCCGAUUACAGUCAAUGGCGUGCAGCAGCAGCAACAGCAUCAGCAACAGCAACACAAUAACAAUCAUCAUCACCACCAACAGCAACAACAAGCACAAGCACAAAAAUCAGGGCCAUCGCAAGCGCAACCGCACUGGAAGUCAGCCACUAUGAAUGGUUUUUCGCCCGCCUCACUGAAUAGCAGUGCGCGUAGUCGCGGACCAUUCGUUACUCAUGUGACCAUACGCGAUCAGAGUUCGGCGACAAUUGCAGCGCAACCCACCUACCAAACGGUGCAAAAACAACAGCCACAAUUCGCUAGCGCUGUCGUUGGAGGUGGCGCGCAGCCGCAUCCAUCGAAAGUGUGACUAUAGGUGCCGGAGCUGCGCCCAAGGCGUGGCGAAGUGCAAUCAAGCCGUGUGGUGGUGGGAUACGCAGAGCCGCCAGAGUACGCGGAACGAGCGAGCGAUACAAGCGAUGGGGGUGGCAAUGAUGGCGACAAUGAUUAUGAUGAUAUUGACUCGGAUGUGGUGGAGAUUUUCUAUUUGGCCACGGAGUGUUGAAGUGCGCGCUGCAAUUGUUUUUCUAAGUCAACAGCAAGAAGAAAAAUGCCUAGCCAAGCUAUAUACCAUAACUGAGCAACAAAAACAGAAGCGGAAACAGAAACAAUAUGCGAAUACAUUUUGCAAAGUAUGUGGCGGCACGUAGGCAUUGGAACAAAAUCCUUAAAUCAUGAGACUGUAACAAAACGAAAAAAAAAUGUUAAGUGUGCAGCUGGCAUUCAAUUACAAAAACAUAAAUUUGUAAUUUAUAGAUGUAUGUGUGUACUACUUGUUGUUGUAGAUAAGAUUUGUACUAUGUAAAGCUAACAAAAUGAAAAUAAUGAAAGUGAAAAAGGUAGCGGUAGGAGCGGCUAUUUUGCUUGGAAGCGUAUUUUGUUGAAAAUUUUGCGAAAUUUUUUAUAAUUUAGCGAUUUAAACAGUAUUGCUUAAUUUUAUAAUAAUUAUGUUUUUUUUUUUGUUUUUGUCGAGCGCGUCAGCGUGAUUAAUUUAACUAAAAAAAAAAUCGAAUAUAUUUUAAAUUUAUUACCGCAAAUAACGAAACGAAAAAAAAUAGAAACAGGUGGGCAAAUAAAUUGCUAAAAUAAAAUAGGAAAAAUUAACUAGCGAUAUACAUACAGACAGACGCAUAUAUAUAUGUAUGUAUUCGAAAAGCAUUCCAUUUUGCUUUAAAAUUUAUGUUGAAAAAUAUGCUUUAAUUUAUCAUUUUUUUUUCUAACCUUUGUAAGCGUGGUAGGCUAAGAAAUAAUGCUUUAAACCGAAAUAUUUUGAAAUAUUACGUAGUAGCGUAUAAUAAAUUGCUUAUAUUUGAAACAAGACAAACGUAUGAAAUUUAAAAAAGUUUAUAUGAAAAAAGUCUUAAUAAUUUAUAAAAUAAUUAGUGCUUAUUUCUGACUUA